AUGGGCAAAAAGAAGGGUGCCGAUAUCAAUGAGCUCAAACAGGAAGUUCGUAUGGACGAGCAUACGAUUCCUAUGGAUGAGCUCGUUAAACGAUACAACUCGAACCUGGAAACGGGUCUGACAUCGGCGAAAGCAGCACAAGUACUCGCUCGUGACGGCGAGAACGCCCUAUCACCGCCGAAAACCACUCCAGAAUGGGUGAAAUUCUGCAAAAAUCUCUUCGGUGGCUUUGCAUUGCUUCUAUGGGUCGGCGCAUUCCUUUGCUAUGUGGCCUAUUCGGUGGAUCGUCUCACAAUGGAAUAUCCAACAAAAGAUAACGUCACGUAUUUCCAUUGCUAUUUACCCAUCUCAAUCUUCUCCGUGAAUUUUCAGUUAUACCUUGGAAUUGUGCUGAUGUCUGUUGUUGUCAUAACUGGUUGCUUCCAGUACUACCAAGAAAGCAAAAGCUCGAAAAUCAUGGACUCAUUCAAAAAUAUGGUGCCAACGGUACACGAAUGA